UGGGAUCAUCAGAGCAGCUGGGCUCGUGUUUUGAUCGGAGCCAUUUGUGAGCUGAUCGGCGGCGAAGCAGGCAACAUGGCCUGCACGGCCCGAUGGAAUGAGCCUGGGCAGGCGCGAAGCCGAGCAUCUCCACAACGCCGGGCCAGUGAAGAGCGUGAACUUGUAUGGGCCCCUUGGCCCACGUUGAAGAACGAGCGGCCAACCGGUGCCAAAGGCGAGCCGAAAGCCACGCAGCCUCCGAAGACCGCGCGCGCCGAGCUGCGAAGGACGCAGCCGAGCCUCUCUCUCUUCAGUCGCCCGGGUUCACCGGGGCGGAUCUCGCCCGCCACCGCUCGGACCACGCGGCUGUCCUCACGUCCCAGCUCUCCCACUCCAAAGCAAAGCAUGCCCUUUGCCACCUUGUUGCCGCAGAGGGGACGAACGGAGGCUGUGAAGAUGAGAGCGAGUAGUACCACUGGCAACAUCAAGGUGCCCGUCUUGCGCGGAUUGGAUGCAGAGGCUGUUUCAGGUCCGUCGCAGAAGCGAAGCCGACCAGGCGAUGCCCCGGAACCGUCUCUGACACCCAGAGGCACUUGUCCAGCGCGCUUCACCACACUUGCAGAGGCAAGAUGGGCCUUCAAGACACGCGUUGGCGCAGUGGAGCAAGCAUGCAUGAGGGUGGUUGUCGAACGGAGCUUUCGGCUGACAGUCAUUUCGUCAUCUUCAGCUGAAAGAGAACGGCCGAUCCCUGCCUGGCAUAGAGCCCAGCCUGGACGUUCGCAAGGUCAGCUGAUGAUUUGGUGGCAGCCUUUUGUUUUUCAGAUGGGGUGGUCACAGUUGAUGGAUGCGCUCUAGCGCCCAAGUUCCGUGGGCAAAGCUAGGCAGUGAUGGACCUGACACCACAUAUGAUGGAGCAUGCAUGGGCUUUGCCUCAGCGGUCCAGCUAUCAAGAUGAGCGACGGAACCAGUAAGUGAAUGGGGAAUUUGGCAGCAGAGAGAACAGG